AAAACACGUCAUUUUCUCGUUAGGGUUUCAGGAAAAAAAAACCCAGCAGCCAUGGCUUGCACCAUCGACUUUCGUCGCCUCGACGAAGGCUUUGGUGGCAAAACUUACAAGCGUAAACGCGAAGAAGAAGCACUUCAAUUAACCGCAACCGCAACCACCGAUGCAUCGAUGGAGAUUGACGCACCGGCGGCAAAGCGAACGGCUAUACCUUCAUCGGAUAAUCCAGAGAAGCCGGUUGCCGUGGGAAAGCCGACAUACGAUGGGGUGAUAGCAGGGAAGGUGUCGGGACGCAAGUGGAAGCAACCAAGGAAACAGAGAGCGUCGGCGAAGCACGUGAGUAAGAAGGGCACGAGAUACGAGGACAGGGAAAGAGAGAAAGAGAUAAAGAAAGCGUACACUGAGAGGAAGAAUGAGCUGAAGGAGGAGAUUAGGAAGAAUAAAGUGGAGAAGAGAAAGAUGAGAGAAGAGAGAGAGAAGAGGAAGCAGGAGAAUAUAUUGAGGUCUGGUACCAAGUUGCAGAAGAUUACUAAUCCAAAAACUCUCAAGAAGAUUGCCAAGUCUAAGGAUAGGAAGUUGCUUAAGGUUGUUCCCGAUGAUCUUGUUAACAAGAAAAGGAAGAAUUCUAACAAGGAGGAUUAGUGUUUUUUUUCCUGGGUUUUUAUGUUAAAUCUCUUCUUACUAUUUAAGUUAUCUUGGAUUUAAAGCAAGAUUUUUUUAAUA